CAUUAAACAGUUCUCACGGUUCAUUCUCAAAUUCUCACGCCCGUGACAUGCCUCGUGAGAAGUAAAGAGCAGUUUUCAUAUCCCCAGGCAAUCUCACGGCUUUGGCUUCAUAAAUCACAGCCGUUAAACUAAGUCGUGAAACUAAAAACACCCAGAUUUCACUAAGCAUUCUCACGGCUAAUUCUGAAAAUUUCACAGUCAUGACAUCUUUUCAUGAGAUAAGCAAAACAGAAUACUUCCUUUUCCCAGCUCUGAUCUCAUUCAAUCUCAACAAGCUUUGACAUUGAAAAAAUCAUCUGAUAUCCCUACUAACUUGGGAAACAUAACACCAACAAGAAUAAGAAGGGGGAGAUAUGGAAAAGAACUUAGGAGCCACCAAAAUAAGCUAAAUAAGGUUUAAUCUGGUCAUCAAAAUAAGCUACACUAACAGGGAAUCUCGUUCAGUCUAUCUAUCAACACUAACGAUUCAAGCCUACAUUGUUCCGUUUAAUAUAAGUUACAAUGAAGUUAAACGUAGUGUCCAAUAGUACAUACCUCGAUGAUUAAGUCAAAAUUGAGAACCUUGAGUCCACCAAACUUUCUCCUAGCACGUUCCUCUACAACCGAUCGCUUGCUAUGCUUGAACUUGAGCUGAGUCACACCCUGGUUUGUGGGCUUCCCAUACACUUACAACUGUCUCUUUUACCACAAGAACCCUAGAAAUCCGAGUAGCACAGAACAAGUGUGAACUUCAGUCCCAGCAGCACUGAGGAAAAGUAUAAACCUAAAAAAGCAUGGAAUUUCAGUCCCAAAGCCUGGGCUCCAUAGAAACAUGUUGAUAAACCUAAAACGACCAUGGAAUUUCAAUCCCCCAACCUAAAUUUGUAAAUCUAGAACAUCCCCACAUAAUCCCUAAACUGAUAUGCAUACUGAUAGGCAUACUAACCGGAAAAUUGAAUAAGAUGUUUGUUCUCUUUCGGAUCUUUGGCUAGAGGAGUUUAAGUUCAAGUCUGAGUGUUAGUAGAGUUUGAUUUCUUCAAAAUUGAAGCACAAAACUUGCAUGCUGGUGUGAUGACUCAUCCAACAAUAUAAGGAAAUGUAUCACCACCGUGAAGUGCAGCUAAAACACUAUUCUUCGAUAUUCAAACUGUAAGGUCAGUUAGGAAACUCUUCAAUAGCUCUCGAAACUCCACAUGAAUGAUGAAACAAAUUAUUAUAUUGAUAAUGCAGACGCUCUCCUACCAAUCUCAUACAACAAUCUCAACUACAGCCAAUUGGAUGAACACAAACAAUGAAAACCGUUCGAUUUAAGUAGCAAAUCAGCCUACGGGCUAUUUGCUACUACUCCUUUCUGAUUCAAGCAAAAAUGGGGGAACAUAGUAAACUGAGAGAACAAAAGAAGAGAGAGAGAGAGAGAGAGAGAGAGAGAGAGAGAGAGAGAGAGAGAGAGAGUCACGUAACAGAAUCACUACUCUCCUUCUCUUUAGUGCCCCCACAAAGAAAGUGAAAUUACAAACCCUGCCACACUUGAACAUUACUAUCUAAGUGACCAAGAUCUUCUGGUAGUCAAAACAACUGCCACUAAAUUCAAAAUAUUGCUAAUAGCUUCAGAGGAUUAAAGUUGAAAUGAAAAUUGAACUCCCAUCGAACAAAGCAUUUGCAAAACACAUUCUCCAGGCAGUGAGUUCAAUCCUGGUUUUCACUAUAUUGCUUCUAUCAAUAUUGAAAAUGCAAUAAUAUACCACAGCUUACAAGCACGCUUGCCUCAGUAUCAAGUUCCAACGACUAGAAGAACUAAAUCCAUUGCCAUAUGUAAGAGAAGAUGCACAUGAUAAAAAGACCAUAGCAUAUUGCCAAUACACUAAUCAUAUGAUCACACAAUAAUCAACUCAGUAAACCAAUUCUAAACUUACACCCUAUGAGGAGGACAGACUUUGAGUCUCUAACUAUUGAGACAAUAAAUAAAAAAAAGUAGAACGCUUUUAGAGCGUUUGAACAAGAAUCGGGAUUAUGGAACUCCGAUUUGCUUUUAAUAGGCACUCAAUGCAAUCCAAUCCUGCUUGUGACUAGGACUACUGAUUGAUUUAAUCUCAAAACUGUAAAAUCCAAAUCAUUUAGGGGUCGUUUGCUUCAAGGAUUUUAUAACGAGAGUUUUGUCAUGGAUUUGUUAAUUAAAAACCUUGGGAUUAAUUAGGGAUUUUGGGCAUUAUGGAUUUGAGGAAAUCUUUUGUUUGUUGAGCUAUUUUUAUCAUGGAUUUGAUGAGGUGGGCAUGGUUUUUCAACUUGUCUCCAAAUCCCAGGGUAUGAGGUGGGAUUUAUAAAACCGUGGGGCCCAUGGAUUUGAAACUAAAAAAAACUCAAAUCCGUGGGGCCCACAGAUUUAUCUAAACAUUUUUUGACAAAGCAAACAACGGAUUAUGUGUAAAUCCAUGAUGGUUGGUUUUUGGUACCAAAUCCAUGAUGCAAAUCCUUGAAGCAAACGACCCCUUAGUAAUUGGAACAUGAGGCAGUCUACAGGCACAUAAUGAACAAUCACAGCAGUCCAUUGGAGUGUGAAGUUUCAUAGAAUAGUGUAUCCCCAGUACGCAAAUGCACAUAUCUUCAAACCAAAAAAGAAACACAUUUAUCCAAUUAUGGCUAACUCCCAAUUCCAACCCACUAUGAGAACGGACACUCCCAAUUCGUAAUGUCUACUAGGUGACCACGAGAUCAAAACCAACAAACAUUGGCAAUUGGACGAGGCUCUCAAGAAGGAACAAAAAGCCCUCAUCAGAUCCAAUCGUUUUAGCUAUUCAGAUGGUAUAAACAGGCCUAUCAACCCCUAAGCAAGCAACUUGUACUAGUAAACUACAGGGAACAAUCGUUUCCCACAAAGCAAUCUAUUGAUCCAUUUCGUGGAAUUGGAAAUAAAAGCAUGGAAUUGAGAGAGUGGAUAAAGCUAACACAGAUCAUGAACAACAACAAGUUAUUUACACAAUCUAACUAUAACCCAUGUCAGAAAUCAAAUGUUUAUCAAGGGGAUCAGAAGUUCUGCCACUUACAUGGAAUGGAUGACUGAUUCGUCAUUUUUGAAUUGGAAUGGAUCAGUGAUUCGUCAAGAUAAACACAAAGAAGAUAGUACAAGGACAUCAACCUGGUAAAAGGACAUGACCAAUUAAACUCAUAAACCUAAAACGAGCAUGGAAUUUCAAUCCCCCUACCGAAAUUUGUAAAUCUAGAACAUCCCAACAUAAUCCCUAAACUGAUAGCCAUACUAACCGGAAAAUUGAAUAAAAUUGUAGAACUGAUAGGCAUACUAACCGGAAAAUGUUGCGAUGGAGGAGGUAGGUCAGCGGUCUUCAUUUGCUAUCGAUGCGAAGAGGGGGUUCUGUGCAGGGGAAGGGAGAGGUAAUGGAGGAGACAAGGUGCUGCAAUCCCCUUUUCCGCGAAACACAAUCGACGAAGAGAUGCUCGCCUUGUCGUCCCCUGCUCGCCGCCUUCACUGUCGUCGUCGGAAUCCGGCUCGCCGCAGUCAAAGAGAUGCUGCAAUCAACGAGCUUCUUCUUUUCUUCGUCACCCCGUGCUUGCCGCUUUCACUGUCGUCGUCAGAAUCUGGCUCGCCGCAUUCGAAUAGGGAGAGGUAAUGACGGCGACGAGAUCGAAGGAAGAGGAUCGAAGGAAGAAUGGCGGCGACGAGAUCGGCGGUGAGAAGAAGGUUUCGGAUCUGCGUGGAGAGGAGAAGGAUAAGAGAAUUCCUGGUUGUACCGGUUGUCCAUACACAAAUAAAAUAAUAUAUUAAUAAUUUAAAUAAAAUCUAAUGGUUGAUAUAGUUUGAACAUGAUCUAAUGGCUGUAAACGUUUUAUAGCAACAAUACUAUAAAGCACACUAAAAUGCCUCUUGAGAUCGUCACUAAAAUUAAAAAGUGGAUUUAUGC